ACUCACUGCUGCUCUCUGCGCGGCGGAGCUCGAGCUCUCACGCCAACUCCACCGUCAGUGACGUCUGCAUCACGUGUCCGUCUCUUCCCUCGGCACGUCGGUCGUAUUUUCCUCCCCUCCGCUGCCUGCUUUAACACCGAGAGCCACUCGAAAUAAACAAGCGCAAAAGCAGGGGGGCCGUUGCAGGGACCGGCUCGGUUCCAGUGUCACGUUGCUCAGCGGCCGAUGGACGGACGGGUCGGACACCUAGAAGUUACCAUCAGUGGAGCCCGAACCUCCGGUCCGUGUCUGGCUCCACUGAGCCCGUAUCAAUGUAAACUUUGCCAUACCUGCGCUGCAUAGACUGAGCUCCGACCGAGAGAGGAUUUCCCUAAAUACUGCAGUGAGAACCACACGAGGACCUAUGGACAAGUCCCGCCUUCGUCCUUCCCCCAUGCCUGGUCUAUAGUCAACGAGAAACCCAUAUUCUCUCCGACACCCCGCUCUCAGCCAUUUGACCGACCCUCCCCACCCUGUGGUCACACCAUGGCCAGCAAGAGGAAGUCUACGACUCCUUGUAUGAUCCCCAGCAAGAUUUUCCGUCCCCCUGAAGAAGUGGAACGGGACUCUCCGGUUCUCCUCCAUCAAUCCAGGAUUUCUGGUGGGGAUAGACAGAGCCCUCUGGAUCCUGGAGAGUCGUCUAAAUCAGAGGCGGGGGAUGCUGUCAAAGAUGGCAUUGGUACUUAUACCUGUAAGCCUUGUAACUUUGAAACCCAUGACCUUAACUUGUUCUUGGAUCACGUCUACACCGGUCACCCAGACUUCCGUGCAGACCCCAGCUUCUUUUGCGUGAGCUGUGGGGUUUCAGCACCAAAGUUUGAGGGGCUGGCCCUGCACAAUGCCAGAGUUCACCCCAGCACGUUGAACACCAGUCUGCAGCUGAGGAAGAAGGACAGAAGGCUGGUGGUAGAGCAGAGUCUGGUGACAGGGGCAGACUCUGGGAAGGAUAGUGAAAUUUCCAUCACCAAAACGCCAAUCAUGAGGAUGCUGAAGGGGAAAUCUGAGCCUAAACGGAUUGUGGUGUCUCACCCUGUCUCCGAUGAGCCUUCCUCAGACCCAAACUCCAGCUCUGCAUCUAGAGAGACUGAAAGAAAAGAAACUGCUGCAGUAACAGUCACUCAUGUCCCUACAAUUGUCCACAAUGGAACGACCAAGGUUACGCUGCCAUCAGCGAUCCAGAUAGUCAAUGGCUCAGGAGCAUUACCGAUGCUGAAGACGCCCAUCACACAGGUUGUUUCAGUCGUUCAAAACAGGAGCCUUCACCAUUCUGCACCAAUCACAGCCUCCUCAAAUGUUUCUUCCUCUUCAUCAAAUUCAUCUUCAAAAAAUCUCCCCAAGGUAAUGAUUCCUUUGAGCAGCAUCCCUACCUACAGUGCCUCCAUGGACUCCUCCUCCUUCCUGAAGACCUCCUUCAGUAAGUUCCCGUACCCCACAAAGGCUGAGCUCUGCUACCUGACUGUGGUCACGAAGUUUCCCGAAGAACAGAUCAAGAUCUGGUUCACAGCUCAGAGACUAAAGCAAGGCAUCAGCUGGUCUCCCGAGGAGAUCGAGGAAGCCAGGAGGAAGAUGUUCAACACCAUCAUUCAGACAGCGCCCUCCAGCUCGCAGAACCAGAGUCACCACAGCCCGGCCCAACACACAAUCACAGUCCUGCCUGCCUCACUGGGGGCCACAGGGAUCCCUCACAUUCUGCAGGGAUCUCUUGUCAGCCAAGGAGGGGUAAUUGUCACACAGCCUGUAAUGGCAAAUGGUAUCCAGGUUAGCAGCGCUCCUGUGGCCCUGGCUGUCACACCAAAGCCCCAAGCAGCAGCCCGACCCAUGAUGCAGGCCCGACCUGCUGCUGCCUUGGUGGCGGACAAAGGCGUCAGCAUGGUGGUGGGGACAGUGGGCAGCAGCAGUACAGGUAGUAACAUCAUAAGCAGCAGUAACAGUAGUAGGAGUGGGGGCGGAAGCACGAGCAGUAUUAUCAGUAGCAGUCAAGCAAGUGUCAUCAACCUUAGUCUAGGAAACAGUAAUCAUAGUAAUACAAAGGUGAGCAGUGUCAAUGGCAAACACAGCAACACGAAUGCCAACUCCAGUGAUAAGAGCAAUAGUAAUGUUACCAGCCAUGUCAAUACUAAGAACACUGAUAUCAGCAAAGCCAGCAGCACCAGCAUCGUACAGAGUGACAAAAAAGCCACAGACAGCAAAUCUAGUAACAGCAACAGCAAAACGGGCAACGACGGAAAGAAGAACAAAGAUACUAACAGUAGCAGCAACAAAAAUAGCACAACUAGCACAAGUUCAGAUGAUGUUGAUCCUUCUGCCAUCGACUCGCCACCCAUCAAAAUGGAGGAGGCUUCUUCCCCUGCCUCCAAAUCUUCUUCGCCUUCUCCUGCAGCUCCUCAAAGCAGCACAUCCGGCUCCAGGACGCCUGUUAAUGCCUUCCUGGACCCCAGCUUUUUUAAAAGCAAGAAGUCUCAGGAACAGCUCAGUGCCCUGAAAGACAGUUUUCAGCUGAGUCAGUUUCCUGACCAGGACGAAGUGGACCGCCUCAUUGCUCUGACUGGGCUCACAGUGCGAGAAGUUCGCAAAUGGUUCAGUGACCGACGGUACCACUUUCGUAACCUGAAAGGCGGCCGCUCCAGCACAGGGGGACAGACUAAACCUGGCGCUGCAUCUGGAACAGGGAGCACAUCAAGUACGCCAGGAGGCAGCACCACCGGCAGUGCCAACCCAGUGGAUUUGUCCGAAAAUAACAGCAACUCUGGAGCCAAAACGCCACAGCACAGCUCUGCUCCCUUGAGCCCAAGUGCUCCACCGACUCCCACUUCCCCCACACCUUCCCGCCGACUCCCAAGACCACCUUCUCCUGAUUUCACAGCCAUUCGUUACAAGGAGAGAGAACCCCACCAGGUUAAGGCGCUAGAGUCCAGCUUUGCCCAGAACCCUGACCCGGCAGGAGAGGAGGUGGACAGGCUGCGAUCUGAGACCAAGAUGACCAGAAGGGAGAUCCAUGGCUGGUUCGCUGAGAAGAGGAAGAAAGUGGCCGCGGAGAAAAAGAAAGAGGAGGCAGAGCGGGCGCUGAGAGAGGAGGAGGAGGAGAUGGAGGUUGAUGGAGAAGAGAGACAGAGAGACGACGGUUCAGGAGAACUGAAAGUCAACCCAAUUAAAAUUAAUCUGAAGAUGCUGAAGGUGACAGAAGCCAACGGCAAAGCGGAGGCUGAAGGGUCGGAUAGCCCGUCAGUUCCGCCUCAGUCCGGCAACACACCCGCAUCCUCCCCGGGCUCCACUUCAUCCUCCACCCACAAACCAUCCCAGUCCUCCACUCCAACACCCAAACCGUCCCACUCCCCCAAACCCACAGCCAUCCGAGGCAAGAAGACAGCGGACCAGCUACACCUUCUCAAACAAGUCUACUCCAGAACUCAGUGGCCCAGCGCUACUCAGUACGAUGAACUGAUCUCAGCUACUGGGCUGCCCAGACCUGAAGUGGUGCGCUGGUUUGGGGACUGUCGUUAUGUGCAGAAGAACGGCCAGCUGAAGUGGCUGGAGUCGUACCAGAACACGGCUCUGGAGGAGGACCUGCAGGAGGACGGCAUGGAGAUCCUCCAGGCUCACCUCAACCUCCACGGCAGGCUAGAAGAGACACAGUUGCAGGAGCUGGCUGAUACGACUGGUCUGACCGUAGACUUGGUGCGAUAUUGGUUCUCUACCAAGGCGCCUUUGCACAGGAUGGAACAAACUGCCGCCGCCGCUCACAAGACGGGAACGAGACCAGUUGCACCGGCAGGCGUGGCAGCCGAGCAACGAACAACAGGAUCCUCCCCUCCGGAGCCACAGCCAGGAGGCGGGACGGAGGAGAAAAUGGAGCAGUCAGUGUGCGGUGUCGCAACAGAAGCAGAGGAGGUCAACGCUGACAAGACUGUGAAUGCUACUAAAGGAACCGAUUGAAGGGGCCUUUUGUGUGAGGAUGGAGUUCUCAACGCAGGUGGUCUUUGUUCUGGGAAUCUGACUAAAAGACGGCAGACGCGUUUGUAACAGGAUCACUGAAUGGAAACGGAUCUUGAAAGCAUCCCCACCCACCCCACUCUCUCUCUCUCCCCCCGCUUCCCGCUCACACCCCUAGAAGUAGGGAUGACCUCCCCCGUUACAUGAGACGAACGCUAAAGCCACUUACUCUCCCUGCCCACCCCAUCUGCCCGCCACCUUCCCGUCUUCUCCCGUUUUGUCCAGCCCUCCGCUAAACACACACACACUCCAAUACUCUCCCGUCCGCCAUUUUCCCUUCAGAAGGAAGUUCCAGUAGAGACUGAAGUGCAGGAAUGGAGGUGGAGGGAGGAAAGGAGGGGUGAGACUGAUGGUGUUUUGCUGCCUGCUGUGAUGGGAGAAAGGAAGAGGAAAAAAAGAGGAGGGUUGAUGCGGAGGCAGAAGAGGAGGAGAAAAAAGGAGAAGUGUGGUGGAGUUUGAGACCUCUGGGUUCGGGGUUGGACGGCGAUCGGCUGAGCCAGCGCUCAGACGGACGGUUGAAAACUGUACGUUUGUUUUGGGGUACGAAAAACUGCACAGGUCUUUGCUACAGGGUGCUUGUCUCGGCCUUAGAAUAAAUCACAUGAACCUUAUUUUUCCAUUGUCUUCAAAUUCUUUGUCACUCAUGUACUCACAAACUUUGUACUUGCAGCUUACUUUAAAUGUGCUAGCUAGAGUGCUCACAGCACUGGAUGUAAAAUGCAGCACUGACAUUCAUUAGACCAUGAUGUUGAUUUUUAACAUCUUUGUUCUCACUUUUCAUUUCUUAUCUGUACAUACCGUCUGUUUAAACGCAUCAUGAGGUUGUUCAGAACGGGGAGACAUCUGGAAUGGUUUCAUCCAAAGAGGGCAAGCACCCUGUUGUGUCGAAAACAACAAAAGAGCGACACAAUAUAUUAGACUGUACGGAAAGCGGUUUGUGUUGUAGCAUCAAGUGCUUCUUUACAUCACUGUACGUAUAUUUGUUUCUAUGGAACUUUCUUAUUCAAUAACUUUGAUUGUAAAAGAACUGUGAACUUUUACCAGAGUUCCAUACUUAGGCUUGAUGUAUAAUUUUUACAAAUGGCAUUUGCAGAAUAAACAGAAUGUAAUAAAUG